CCGAAAAUCGGCUUUGCUUGUGGAACGAUAGUCUCAAGUUUUGUCUAUCGAAUGGUUAAAACCACAAGUCUCUAUCUUUAUUUGAUGCAGAGUUAUUAAAAAAAUAACCAUUGCUCUUGUAUUUUGGUUCAAUAAAGAAGAUCAAAAUCAGUCGACAGCGAACAACUGAUAUGAACACAUUUCUGUUCAGAACUUAAUACUAUGACCAAUAGUAUUAGCUUCUACUGCUUAAACUAUUUUUAUUCUAUUGCAGCAAAGAUGAUUUUAACAAAUUUCCACAGACACUAAUUGAAUUUCAAGAAGAACGUACCGCUGAAUGUGGUCAAAAUAUUAUCGAUCCUUAUACAGGUGGUUCAGUUCAUUAUACGGGAGUUUAUGGAUGGAACGAAAUGAUUGUAGAAGAUGUUGACACAAAAGCAAAAAGAAAAGUUCUAAAAGUAAUAUGUAAAAUGCCACGAAUUACAAAAGUGAAUCAUUUUGUUAAUACACCACCAUUUCUCCUCAUCAAUCUUCCAUAUAAUACAAAGACAUUAUAUGGUUUACCACAACAGUUAACAGUUGGAACAAACAGGUAUUUACAGCGAGCUUUUGUUAUUCAUCACAUAAAUCAUUUUAUUGGCCUAAUAAGAACGGAAAAGGAUAAUUAUUAUUUAUUCGAUGGUAAAACUGAUGAUGAAGAUGGAGUAAAUCUGUUUAACAGGCUGUUCGCAUUACCCAUACUCAAUCUUUUCAGUGCCUGUUUACAACUUGGAAGAAAAUUUGCAAAAGAUUGUAAAAAUCCGUGGGAAGUAGCGGCAAUUGAUAUAAUCAGAGUAUGUGGCUAAUAAAACGUUUAGUUCUAUUGUUCUAAAUUCAGGUUAAUAGACGUUUGUAGAGAAUCGAAUUCGGCAUCCUUCAACAACAAAGUUAAUAUCCUAUCAUAUUUCUAGACCGAGAUAUAUCUAAAAGAAAGAACGUUGCAAGCAUUUUGGAGCACCUGGUAUUUAUUACUGUUAUUCUUUCUAUAAGAACAAAAAAAUGUCAGCAAAAGCAACGAAAAAAAAACAAGGUAUUUUCUUUUAACUAAUGCUGUUCAGCGGUGCCC